GGGGCGCGGCCCGCGUAGGGGGCGGAGGCGAAAGUCCUGCGAGCAAAGUCCAGGCUCCGCGGCCGCAGCGCCCCACGCGCCCCGCGGCUCGGACAGAAAGAGCUCGAGGUUGGAGGUUGACAUGGAUGUUGAGGCGGGAAGGAACGGAAGCGUCCGGUGCCCCGGGAGAGAGGAGGACGACUUUGAACUGAGCAGUAGCAGCAACCCAGACACGAAAAAAAAGGAGAGCGUGAACUUGAUUGGACCAUUAACCUUGUUUCGAUAUUCUGACUGGCAGGAUAAAUUAUUGAUGUCCCUGGGCACUGUCAUGGCCAUAGCUCAUGGAUCAGGUCUCCCCCUCAUGAUGAUAGUAUUUGGACAAAUGACUGACAAAUUUGUUGAUACUGCCGGAAAUUUCUCCUUUCCAGUGAAUUUUUCAUUGUCAACGCUAAAUCCAGGCAGAAUUCUGGAAGAAGAAAUGACUAGAUAUGCAUAUUAUUACUCAGGAUUAGGUGCUGGAGUUCUUGUUGCUGCUUAUAUACAGGUUUCAUUUUGGACUCUGGCAGCCGGCCGGCAAGUCAGGAAAAUUAGGCAAGAGUUUUUUCAUGCUGUUCUACGACAAGAAAUAAGCUGGUUUGAUGUCAGCGACACUAGUGAACUGAAUACAAGGUUAACAGAUGACAUCUCCAAAAUCAGUGAAGGAAUUGGUGACAAGGUUGGAAUGUUCUUUCAAGCAGUAGCCACGUUUUUUGCAGGAUUCAUAGUAGGGUUCAUUAGAGGAUGGAAGCUCACCCUCGUGAUAAUGGCCAUCAGCCCUAUCCUGGGACUCUCUGCAGCUGUCUGGGCAAAGAUACUCUCGGCAUUUAGUGACAAAGAACUGGCUGCAUAUGCGAAAGCAGGAGCUGUGGCAGAGGAGGCUCUGGGGGCCAUCAGGACUGUGAUAGCGUUUGGGGGCCAGAACAAAGAGCUGGACAGGUAUGAGAAACAUCUACAAAAUGCCAAAAAGAUUGGAAUUAAAAAGGCGAUUUCAGCAAGCAUUUCAAUGGGCAUUGCCUUCCUAUUAAUAUAUGCAUCAUAUGCACUGGCCUUCUGGUAUGGAUCCACUCUAGUUAUAGCAAAAGAAUAUACUAUUGGAAAUGCAAUGACAGUCUUCUUUUCAAUUCUGGUCGGAGCUUUCAGUGUUGGACAGGCCGCUCCGUGUAUUGAUGCUUUUGCCAAUGCAAGAGGGGCAGCCUAUGCUAUCUUCAAUAUUAUAGAUAAUAGUCCUAAAAUUGACAGUUUUUCAGAGAGAGGACACAAACCAGACAGCAUCAAAGGGAAUUUGGAGUUCAAUGAUGUUCAUUUUUCUUAUCCAGCUCGACCUAAUGUCAAGAUCUUGAAGGGCCUCAACCUGAAGGUUCAGAGUGGGCAGACGGUGGCCCUGGUUGGGAACAGCGGCUGUGGGAAGAGCACAACAGUGCAGCUGAUACAGAGGCUCUAUGACCCUGAUGAGGGUACGAUUAACAUAGAUGGGCAGGAUAUUAGGACCUUUAAUGUAAGGUAUCUCAGGGAAAUAAUUGGAGUGGUGAGUCAGGAGCCAGUGCUGUUUUCUACCACAAUUGCUGAAAAUAUUCGCUAUGGCCGUGGAAAUGUCACCAUGGAUGAGAUAAAGAAAGCUGUUAAAGAAGCCAACGCUUAUGACUUUAUCAUGAAACUACCACAGAAAUUUGAAACCCUGGUUGGAGAGAGGGGGGCCCAACUGAGCGGUGGACAGAAACAGAGAAUCGCCAUCGCUCGGGCCCUGGUUCGCAACCCCAAGAUCCUCCUGCUGGACGAGGCCACAUCAGCCUUGGACACCGAAAGUGAAGCAGAGGUUCAGAUGGCCCUGGAUAAGGCCAGAGAAGGCCGGACCACCAUUGUGAUAGCCCAUCGACUGUCUACAAUCCGAAAUGCAGAUGUCAUCGCCAGCUUUGAGGAUGGUGUCAUUGUGGAGCAAGGAAGCCACGGGGAGCUGAUGAAGAAGGAAGGGGUGUACUUCAAGCUUGUUAACAUGCAGACAUCAGGAAAUCAGAUGGAGUCAGGAGAACUUGAUGUGGAACUAAGUAAUGAAAAGGCUGCCAUAGGAAUGGCCCCCAAUGGCUGGACAUCCCGCAUAUUUAGGAAUUCCACCCAUAAAAGCCUUAGGAAUUCACGAAAGUAUCAGAAUGGCCUUGAUGUGGAAAUCAAAGAACUCGAUGAAAAUGUGCCACCAGUGUCUUUUCUGAAGAUCUUGAAGCUGAAUAAAACAGAAUGGCCCUACUUCGUGGUGGGAAUAGCAUGUGCCUUUGCCAAUGGGGCCCUUCAGCCGGCAUUUGCAAUCAUGUUCUCAGAAAUGCUAGCGGUUUUUGGACCAGGGGAUGAUGAAGUAAAGCAGUGGAAAUGCAACAUGUUCUCGUUGCUUUUUUUAGGUCUGGGAAUUAUUUCUUUUUUUACUUUCUUCCUUCAGGGCUUCACUUUGGGGAAAGCUGGUGAGAUCCUCACCACAAGGCUUCGGUUAAUGGCUUUUAAAGCAAUGCUAAGACAGGACAUGAGCUGGUUUGAUGAUCAUAAAAACAGUACCGGUGCCCUUUCUACAAGACUUGCAACUGAUGCCUCCCAGGUCCAAGGAGCCACAGGGACCAGGCUGGCUUUAAUCGCACAGAAUGCAGCUAACCUUGGAACUGGUAUCAUCAUAUCGUUUAUCUACGGUUGGCAAUUGACCCUUUUGCUAUUAUCAGUUGUUCCAAUUAUUGCUUUAUCAGGAAUCGUUGAAAUGAAAAUGUUGGCUGGAAAUGCCAAAAGAGAUAAAAAAGAACUGGAAACUGCUGGAAAGAUUGCAACGGAAGCAAUAGAAAAUAUUAGGACAGUUGUGUCCUUAACCCAGGAAAGAAAAUUUGAGUCGAUGUAUGUUGAAAAAUUGUAUGGAGCUUACAGGAAUUCUGUGCAGAAGGCACACGUCUAUGGAAUUACUUUUAGUAUUUCACAAGCAUUUAUGUAUUUUUCCUACGCCGGUUGUUUUCGAUUUGGUGCGUAUCUCAUCGUGAACGGACACAUGCGCUUCAGAGAUGUUAUUCUGGUUUUUACAGCGAUUGUGUUUGGUGCGGUAGCUCUAGGACACGCUAGCUCCUUUGCUCCGGACUAUGCAAAAUCCAAGCUGUCUGCAGCCCACUUAUUCAUGCUGCUUGAAAGGCAACCUCUGAUUGACAGCUACAGUAAAGAGGGCCUGAGGCCUGAUAAGUUGGAAGGAAAUGUGACAUUUAAUAAAGUCCUGUUCAACUAUCCCACUCGACCAGAUACCCCAGUGCUUCAGGGGCUGAGCCUGGAGGUGAAAAAGGGCCAGACGCUGGCCCUCGUGGGCAGCAGUGGCUGCGGGAAGAGCACGGUGGUCCAGCUCCUUGAGCGGUUCUAUGACCCAAUGGCCGGAACAGUGCUCUUAGAUGGUCAAGAGGCAAAGAAACUUAACAUCCAGUGGCUCAGAGCCCACCUUGGAAUUGUGUCCCAGGAGCCGGUCCUGUUUGACUGCAGCAUUGCUGAGAAUAUUGCCUACGGAGACAACAGCCGGGUGGUGUCACAGGAUGAAAUUGUGAACGCAGCCAAAGCAGCCAACAUCCAUCCUUUCAUCGAGACCUUACCCCGUAAAUAUGAAACAAGAGUGGGAGAUAAGGGAACUCAGCUCUCAGGAGGUCAAAAACAGAGGAUUGCUAUUGCCCGAGCCCUUAUCAGACAACCUCAAAUCCUACUGUUGGACGAAGCUACAUCAGCUCUGGAUACUGAAAGUGAAAAGAUUGUGCAAGAAGCCCUGGACAAAGCCAGAGAAGGCCGCACCUGCAUCAUGAUCGCUCACCGCCUGUCCACCAUCCAGAACGCAGACCUAAUAGUGGUGUUUCAGAAUGGCAAGGUCAAGGAGCAUGGCACACAUCAACAGCUGCUGGCUCAGAAAGGCAUCUACUUUUCCAUGGAGAAAAUAAAAUCUCUAAAAGCGAAAAUCUGGUCUGUCUGGCAUCCUGAGCACCUAAAACGCUACAAGUUUCCACUACAUACUUCCUGAAUGAGUGAAUGGAUGUUCUGCCCCAGGAU